AUGAAGUACCUCGCUCUGCUAUCGGCCUUUCUUGCAUCGGCAUCAGCUGCCACUGUUCAGCUUCCCCGAGUUUCCUACAAUGGAUACAAGGUCUUCCGAGUGUCUGUCGAGGAGAGCAACAUCGGCCGCAUCAACGACGUCGUGGACAGGCUGAACCUCCAGACCUGGAAGGCCGCCAAGAAGGCAGGGUCCUUUGCAGACAUAGUAGUCCAGCCCGACCAGCUCGAGGCCUUCCAGAAGGAGACGCAAGAUCUGAAGCCCGUUGUCAUGCACGAAGAUCUUGGCCUCUCGAUCGAAGCUGAAUCAUCUUAUCCGACUUAUGCUAUCAAUGCUGUCAACAGCACGUGGUUCAAUGCGUACCACGCCUAUGCGGACCAUCUGCAAUGGCUCCGAGAUCUCUCUGCGCAGUUCCCCAACACCUCCGAGAUUGUCACCUCCGGCAACUCGCUGAACGGAAACCCCAUUACCGGCAUUCACUUCUGGGGCAGCUCUGGUAAAGGCGUGAAGCCUGCCGUCAUCCUGCACGGAACGGUUCACGCCAGAGAAUGGAUCACAACAUUGGUUGUCGAGUACUUCGCCUACACGCUGCUCACGAGCACUGAUGCCACCACUAAGGGCUUCCUGGAUAAAUACGACUUUUACUUCUUCCCGGUCGUGAACGUAGAUGGAUUCCUAUAUACCCAAAGCACCGAUCGCUUAUGGCGAAAGAACCGCCAGUCCAACUCUGGCAGCUCGUGCGUCGGUCGCGACAUCAACCGGAACUGGGCCUACCAGUGGAAUGUUCCUGGGGGCGCCUCUACCAAUCCUUGUGCCGAAGACUACAAAGGUGCCGCUGCUGGCGAUUCGGUUGAGUUCAAGGCCCUCUCUGCCUACAUCCAGAAGAUCAAGACGGCUCAGGGUCUCAAGCUCUACAUUGACUACCACUCCUACUCUCAACUUUUCAUGACGCCCUAUGGAUACUCUUGCACGGCCGUCGCGCCCAACAACAACGAUCUGCAAUCACUGGCCAAGGGCGCCGUUGCUGCUAUUCGUGCGGUCCACGGCACCUCGUUUGAAUACGGCCCCAUCUGCUCGACCAUCUAUCAAGCCACUGGCUCCAGUGUAGAUUAUGUGAACGAUGUUAUCAAGGCGGAUUACACUUUCACAUCCGAGCUCAGAGACACGGGCCGAUACGGCUUUGUCCUCCCGGCGGACCAGAUCUUGCCCAGCGGCGAGGAGGCAUACGCAGGCUUCAAGUACUUGCUGCAGAACAUGAAGUGA